GCGUGUGAGUGACAGCUCCUGUGGGGGGCGUGGUCUGGAGCUGUCUAAGAGACAGCUCAGGGAGGAGACGCCUGGAAGUGGUGGGCGGAAUGGAUAAUUCGUUUACUUGCAGCUAGAGAUAAAGAGGGAAGGAAAUGAGACAGCCGGCUGAGGCCUCCCUUCUGCAAGCACAGCCCUGGCCUAGACCCUGAGUAUAACAGACUAUGCUAUGAACUGGGAAUAGUAUUCCUGAAAGAUACCUUUUAUCUUCCAAAGAUCAGCAAUGGACGACACCGAAUAUGGACGAUUUGUGGACUGGGAUAAGAUGGAGACAGGAGGGCAGGAACAAAGUAGCCCCAAAGUAUUAAACUGUACAGAUUUCCAGGAGCUGAAACAACUAUCCCGUCAGGGGUAUUGGGCAAAAAGCCAUUCGUUACGAGCCAAGGUAUAUCAGAAACUGAUAAAGGACAUCCCAUGCCGCACGGUAACCCCCGAUGCUAGCGUGUAUCGUGACAUUGUGGGCAAAAUAGUGGGUAAGAGAAAUGCAAGUACCCUACAUCUACCAGAGUUUGUGGACGACCGCCAGGUUCCCAGCUACUGUCUAAACUCUGAAGGCAUCGGAGCUGUAAGGAAAAUCCUCUUAUGCAUCUCAAACCAGUUCCCUGACAUCUCCUUCUGCCCUGUCCUUCCAUCGAUCGUGGCCCUUCUUCUCCACUAUAGCCAGGAUGAAGCAGAAUGCUUUGAAAGCGUUUCCAGAAUACUUGCUUGUAACGACCCAAGUAGACGACUUGUCGAGCAGACUUUCUUGGCUUUUGAGUCGUCUUGUAUGACCUUCGGAGAUCUUGCAGGCAAAUAUUGCCAGGGACCUCACAAGCUGAUGGUCGCCGUAUCCGAAGAUGUCCUAGAGGUUUAUUCUGACUGGCAGAGGUGGCUUUUUGGAGACCUGCCCUUCGCUUGCGCUGCUCGGGUGUUUGACGUGUUUUUAGUGGAGGGCUACAAAGUGCUCUUCAGGGUAGCCCUAGCUCUUCUCAAGUUCUUUCACAAGAUAAGAGGCGGCCAACCAAUGGAGUCGAACAAUGUAAAAAGAGACAUCCAAGAAUUUGUGAGGGAUAUUAGCAAGUCCGUGUCUCCUGAAAAGCUCUUGGAGAAAGCAUUUGCAAUCCGGCUCUUCUCCCGUAAGGAGAUUCAUCUGCUUCAGAUGGCAAAUGAAAAAGCUCUGCAGCAGAAAGGGAUCACUGUGAAACAGAAAAGAGUAAAGUCUCCUGCCCGGCAGAAUGUCCACCUGGCUGUCGAUGCAGAAAAUUUCAAGUCUGGGAUUGUAAGCGUGAAAGAAAUGAGGGACAUCUGGUCCUGGAUCCCAGAGAGAUUUGCCCUCUGCCAACCGCUACUGCUUUAUACCAAUCAAGAACAUGGCAACAGCCUGAACAGGUUUUACUUGCACUGUGAGGGACAUGAGCCCACCCUGCUUCUCAUCAAAACCAGCAACCAAGAGGUGUGCGGUGCGUACUUGUCCACCGACUGGAGCACGCGCAGGAGGAGCGGGAACGCCCUGAGCUUCUUUGGGACUGGAGAAUGCUUUGUAUUUCGGCUGCAGCCGGAGGUGGAGCGCUAUGAGUGGGUGAUAAUAAAACAUCCGGAGCUCGGCAGAGUUGCUUCGGCAGCAGCUGAGAAUGAGUCCAACUCUUUCCAGGAGACCGCUGAGAGCUCGGACCCCUCCAAUCGGCUUUCACCUUUCCUGGCCACUCGUCAUUUCAACCUCCCUUCCAAAACGGCCUCCAUGUUUAUGGCGGGGAGCACAGAGUGCAUCAUCAUUGGAGGGGGCGAUGGACAAGCCUUGUAUAUGGAUUCUGAUAUGAAUUAUGGACGGACCAGUCACUGCAAUACUUUCAACAAUCAGCCUCUGUGCUCAGAGACCUUCCAGAUCGCCACAAUUGAGGUGUGGGGCUUCAAGGACAACCUAAAUGGUGACGAGCACUCCUCUGCGUUACCAUGAGGUCACUCUCUGUUCAUAUCAUUAGUGUGUAAAUAUGGAUAUGCCUCAGCUGGGACAUCAGAGCAGGUAUGGAGGCGUCUGGUGAAGCUCCUGCUCGCCUUCCAUCAAUGUGAGGAGCUGCAGAUACUGAUCCGCUGGUUAAUGGUCUUGCGGACAAGUACAUGGUUGGUUAGUAUAAAAGCGGCGGUGAAAGUAUGUGUACCGUCUCAUUGGACCAAGCUUAAAUGUGCACUUUCCAGUCCCUGGAUUCAUUCCCACUGAUGGAAGAACCCUGUAGACCCCAUGUCGCGUGACCGUCCCUCUCCCAUGUGUGUUUGCUGUGUAGAUCUACCCUGAGAUCAUGUUUUCUUGUCUUGUUUCUUGUCCACUGCCCUCCACCUGUCCCCAGACUCCAUGGUGAGAUGUUCCUCUUCUGAUUUGUCUCUACAGUACCAGCAAUGAUUGCACCCUGUCUGGAUAGAUGUGAAAUUAUAUGAAUUGUCCUGAGUCUGUCACACUGAAAGUGGUGAAUAUUUCAGGAAUAAAAGUCAUUCUCGGG